AUGGAAGCGAUGUCCCCCCAGCAGGAGACUCUAGGGGGGCAGCCGGGGCGCUCCUCUUCCCUGACAGGCGUGUCUCGGAUCGCGGGAGGCCCCGGCACCAAGAAGAAAAUGAAAACACUAGCAGAAAGGAGGAGGAGUGCCCCAUCUCUUAUCCUGGAUAAAGCCCUACAAAAAAAGCCCAGUACCAAGGAAAGUCCUGCUGCCAGUGUGGACACAUGUACAUUUCUCUCCUCAUUUGUGUGUUCCAGUAGGACUCUGCUAAUUGAUGGCCGGGUAGAGCUCAAACGAGGUCUGCAGAGGCAGGAGCGGCAUCUUUUCCUGUUCAACGAUCUGUUUGUUGUGGCCAAAAUCAAAUAUAACAACAACUUUAAGAUAAAAAAUAAAAUAAAAUUAAGUGACAUGUGGACAGCAAGUUGUGUGGAUGAAGUGGGAGAAGGCCACACCAAUGCCGUGAAAUCCUUUGUCUUAGGCUGGCCCACAGUGAACUUUGUGGCCACUUUCAGUUCUCCAGAACAAAAGGACAAAUGGCUCUCUCUCCUUCAGAGAUACAUCAAUCUAGAGAAAGAGAAGGACUACCCGAAGAGCAUUCCCCUCAAAAUCUUCGCCAAGGACAUUGGGAAUUGUGCCUAUUCUAAAACUAUAACAGUAACGAAUUCAGAUACAGCAAAUGAAGUUAUCAACAUGUCACUACCCAUGCUAGGGAUAACUGGCUCUGAGAGAGAUUACCAGUUAUGGGUCAAUUCUGGCAAAGAAGAAGCACCAUACCCACUUAUUGGGCAUGAAUAUCCCUAUGGAAUUAAAAUGAGCCAUCUUCGAGACACUCUGCUCCUGGCACAGGGAUCGAAGGACACCAGCACGCCUUCCAACCUCCAGGAGUCCUUCCUCAUGGAACAGCUGCCCCGAGAGAUGCAGUGCCAGUUCAUCCUGAAGCCCAGCCGCCUGGCUGCAGCCCCGCAACUAAGUGAUUCAGGUCAGAAGACAUUUAAAAGGAGACGAUCUAUCAUAAACUGGGCCUUCUGGCGUGGUUCUAGCACUCAUCUGGAUAACUUGCCCAUGUCGCCAACAUCUCCUAUGCCAGGCCAGCUCUUUGGAGUCUCUCUCCCAGAUAUUUGUGAGAAUGACAAUCUGCCUAAACCUGUCUUGGAUAUGCUUUUCUUUCUUAAUCAAAAAGGACCCCUCACAAAAGGGAUCUUCAGACAAUCGGCCAAUGUGAAAUCCUGCAGAGAGCUAAAAGAGAAACUGAAUUCUGGAGUUGAAGUACACCUAGACUGUGAAUCUGUUUUUGUGAUAGCGUCUGUCUUAAAGGAUUUUCUACGAAAUAUUCCAGGAAGUAUUUUUUCAUCAGAUCUCUAUGAUCACUGGGUCUGUGUCAUGGAUCAAGGAAAUGAUGAAGAGAAAAUAAAUACAAUUCAAAGGCUAUUAGACCAGCUUCCGAGAGCCAAUGUUGUUCUCCUAAGGUAUCUUUUUGGGAUAUUACACAACAUUGAGCAGCAUUCCUCAUCCAAUCAGAUGACUGCAUUUAAUUUAGCGGUGUGUAUUGCUCCAAGCAUUCUUUGGCCUCCUACUUCCUCCAGCCCAGAACUAGAAAAUGAAUUUACAAAAAAGGUUUCUCUGCUUAUACAAUUUCUGAUUGAAAAUUGCUGUAGGAUAUUUGGAGAAGAAAUCACUUCCCUCUUGGGACAGGUUUCAGUGAGAUGUGAUACUAGAGAGAAUGCCUCAGAUAUCUCUUGCUUCCAACUGAAUGACUCCUCCUAUGACAGCUUGGAAAAUGAGCUAAAUGAGGAUGUUGAUGCUCCUUGUAGUGACUUGGUAAAGAAACUUGGUCAGGGUAGCAGAAGCAUGGACUCUGUAUUAACCCUCAGUGACUAUGACCUCGACCAGCCUGAGGUGGAAGGCCUUUUAACCCUGAGCGACUUUGACUUGGACCGUUCUAAAGAUGAAGACAUUCAGAUGGAACGGCCUCAUGAAUCCAAGCCAGUGAACAUUGCAGUAGUGUACACAAAGGUCCCACUGCGCGAUCAUGCCAGGGCCCCAUCUGGCAUGAGCACACCCAGCUACCUGUCCACAGCUGCAGCAGAUGUUCCGAAAAGUCUGAGGCGACACCGUCGCUGCUCAGAGCCCAGCAUCGAUUAUCUAGAUUCUAAGCUUUCCUAUCUCAGGGAAUUUUAUCAGAAAAAGCUACGCAAGUCCAGCUGUGAUGCAAUUCUCUCACAAAAAGAUGAGGAUUAUCUGAAGCAGAAUCAACCCCUCCAGGAAGAGGGUAAGACCUAUUUUAAACAGAGUUUAGUCGCAGGCACUGAUACCAAGAAAAAUGCCACUAAUAAAAAUGUUAAGAAGAAAAGCUUAUCUGGUAAUGAAGGAAAUCAUGUGAAACUUUUUUCUAAAUCCAAGCCAGUGGCCAUUUCUGUGGCAUCUUAUAGUCACAUAUCCUCACAGGAUCAUCCCAGGAACCAGCCCUUUGGUGCAGAUACAUCUGGAUACUCCCCACCAAACACAGCAGAUGCCCUCAAGGGUUCAAGGAGGCACCGGCGCUGCUCAGAGCCCAACAUGGAUGACCAGCACUGCAAACUGACCUAUCUCAGGGGAAUUUAUUCAAAGAAACAACAUAAAACUAGCUAUGAAGCUGGUCUCUUGCAUGGAGAAGAAGAUUAUCUCAAGCGGCACAAGUCACUGCAGAUGGAGGGGCAAAAGCUCAUUAAUCAGAGUUUGGUCAUGGGGAUUGAGGUGGGCAAGAGUAGUGGCACAAACCAAAACACUGAGAAGGGUUUACCCCCAAGAUUAAACAUCUGCCCAAGGACUAGCUAUUCCAGCUUGUCCUCCCCAGGAACUUCCCCAUCUGGCUCAUCAGUGAGCUCCCAAGACAGCGCUUUUUCUCAGAUUUCUGAACACUCUGUGUUUACCCCCACUGAAACUUCCUCUCCAAUAGAUUGCACUUUUCAAGCUCAAAGAAAACAAGAAGAGCUUUCUUCUGAUUUUAGCAAUUCCAGCCUCAUUUCUGCAACUCCUGGUCCCUCAUCAGGGCAGGCCAGCAGCCGCCUGGCUUAUACGAAAAAGGAUACUGUAGAAUGGCAUUCACAAAUACAUUCUGUAACUCUUCACCCAAGCACAUGGUUGAGAAAUGGUGUGGCCAGUUUGAAAAACUGGUCCCUCAAAAAGAAGGUAAGGGCAUCCAGACCAGAGGAAAAGAAAGUCAGUUUUCUAAAAGGACCCAUGGAGCCACCUCCACAUGCUCCUGGUAUAUCAGAAGCCAACCCAGUACAAGAGAGACAGAAAGACAUGCCCCAAAGGGCACCUGAAGAACUUGGAACUGUGCAAACAGCCCAGUGGUACAGUUCUUACCCCAGCCAGGACUCAGAGAGACACUGUAGGUCUCCAUUCAGCCUAGUGGAGGACAGACUCAAGCUCUGUGUGAAGUCACACAAGGAUGGAGAGAAUAGUGAGCAGUGCUUUCCUGGUACUCUGCCUUGUAAGAGAUCCUCACCCAGCUCUUUGUCUGUGGAUGAUCUGUCCAGCCCAGACACAGAGCCUACAGUGGUUGGCGAUACUGGGGACCAACAUUUAGCCAAAGACAUUUAACCACAGUAAGAAUGUGAUGUGUAUAAGGACAGAGACAAGUCUAAGAAUCUGAUGUCUACAAGAACAGAAACUGGGCUAAUAGUGAUAUAAAGACAAGAUUAUUAUGACUCCUUUGUAUAAAUACAUGGGAUGGGUAGCAUAAGGAUAAUCACUGCUAAUACUUAGGACAACAAAAGAAUUCUCUUUAUUGAGACCAUUUGGCAACAAGUUUAGACUAAAAAAUUUCAUCACCUGUUUGGGGGCUUUUCCUUAUUAGAGCCUGGGAUCGGUCCCGUCAUGUGUUUUUAGAGGUAUUAGCAGAGAGCCAGAGAAAACAUCUUCUGUAGAGGAAACAUGCCUUACAUGAGAUUAGUAUCCUGAAAAG